UUUUUUUUUUUUUUUCGUGUCUGUCUACGUGUGCGGGGGGUUUGCCCAUGACUACACAACCACAAACUAGUACGACUCGUCGUAGUCAAUCCACCACAACCCCACCCACCUCUUCCUCCGCUUACCGAUCCGCCAAUGCCAAUGAACGACGCGACCAAAGACGAGCCGCCACUACCAACGUAGGAUCAACCCAUCGAGCCAGUCCACUGCUAUCUGAACAACAAUUAAACAAGAUCAAUAAAAAGAUUGAUAUCAUUCGCCAUAAUUCGUUAGCCAACACCAGUCCAUCGCCACUAUUGGUUGCGAAAUACACCGAUGCUGCAGAUACCGUGGACGUCACUUCAAUAACUCGUACUAAGGAAUAUCAUACCAAUUCCAACCAACGUCCUUCCUCCAUGACCAUAUCUUCUCCUACCAAUGCCACUACCCACCUUGACACAUCACAGCAUUCCCACUCACCAUCCGCACGCUUUUCGUCCUCCGUACAGCCUUCUACCACUUCUCAACCGACCGUACCGGCCAUCGGUCUCUACCCUAUUCACAUCCAAGAAUACGCACUCAUUGAAGAUCUUUUAUUUGUUCUCAUGGGCAUUGAUGGUUCCUAUAUUCGCAUUGUGUAUCCUCGAGCUCUGAAUGACGAAGACGAUGAUCCAAUGGAAGACAUACAGUCUUCUGCGCCACCAUCGGAAAAUGACGACGCAUGGGAUUCAAUACAGUACAACGUCGAUCCGACAUUAGAUGCUAGUUUGAAGCAUCUCGUCGAAAAACUACUUUCGAUAGCGACCUAUUACAUUUCGGUCCAAGCGUUCGUGGAUGAAAUCGGCCGAUACGAAUAUGGAACCAUCAAUCAUGCAUUAGGCUCCGCCAUCAAAACAUUUUUAAAGGAAUAUCUCACAUUCAUUGCUCAACUGGAACAUCAGUUCAAUACGAGCAGCAGUUUUACCCUCCAACGGUUCUGGUUCUACUGUCAAGAGCCACUCCAGAUGAUGAAAAUUCUGCAUACACUGGCCAUGAAACUUCGACACUUGCGUCGCUCGUCUUCGUUUGGUGAUACACCAGAAGACGAGUUUGAAGCCGUCUUGGAAGGAUUGAAAACCGAAGAUCAAGGUACCGAUAUUCAAAUUCCUGAAAAACAAAAAGGAGGCGCGAUUCUGAAUGUCCUCGCGAAACGACUCAUCAGUCUGAGUGGUGAUCCGAAAUGCAAGUCCAUCUAUUCAUUCCUACUUGCUCAGGCUUCCGCUCCUUAUUUCAAGAUUCUCGACUCUUGGAUUUACCAUGGUGAAAUUCGAGAUGUAUACAACGAGUUUAUGGUCUUGGAAAAACGGAAUAUGAAGAAAGAGAAUCUCAAGGAAGAUUUCAAUGAUGCUUAUUGGGAGAUGCGAUACACUAUUCGUGAAAAUGCCGUCCCUUCUUUUCUGGAGCCUUUGAAAACUCAAAUUCUAUUGGCGGGCAAAUACCUCAAUGUCGUGCGCGAGUGUGGUGUGAACAUUGCCAAACCAGAAGACAUGCUCACAGCCAUGCAGCAGACCGAUUUAGCCUCUGAUGCUUCCGCCGAUGGACGCAGUUCAGCCGACGAAUUUCGACAUCGAGAGAACCGACUGUCAGGAUCCAUGUAUCGGCGAGAACCGCCCAUGUCUAUGGAACAGCAUCACGUACCAUCUCGUAACGAUGUAUGGGCUGCGGUGAACGGUGGUCAAUUCGUCAAGAACUUGGAAAUUGCAUAUAAGUAUGCCAAUCACACAUUGCUUCAUCUUCUUUUAAAGGAACAAAAGUUGGUGACACGAUUAGGUUCUUUGAAGCACUAUUUCUUUCUUGAUCAAUCCGAUUUUCUGACUUCGUUUCUGGAUUUGGCCAAAGCCGAAUUGGAACAACCGGCUCGAGAAAUCUCGCUCACUCGACUGCAAUCACUGAUGGAUUUGGUGUUGCGCAAUCCUUCUUCUGUAGCGGCGUAUGAUCCUUUCAAAGAAGAUGUCAAGGUCGCCAUGAGCCCCUUGCGACUAAUCGAUCAAUUAUUGCGAAUUAUUAAUGUCGCUGGUCUCGACACCGUGGCGGCCGGCUCGCUUCCAAAAGAUUCGCGAUGGAUGUCUAGCAGUGGACUUCUCGAAUCCAUGCAUCAAUCUGAUCGAUCCCUGGGCAUCCCCGCCAGCGCCGGUGGCAGUAUCGCUGGAGCAGCCAGUCAUGAGUCAUCCGAUGUACUUUCCGGGUAUGAUGCUUUGACUUUGGAUUAUACCGUCACAUUUCCAUUGUCAUUGGUGAUUUCAAGAAAAGCAUUGACAAAGUAUCAGCUACUGUUCCGACACCUUUUGUACCUGAAGCAUGCGGAAGAUUUGUUAUGCGCAACAUGGAUGGAUCAGAAAUCGUCGAUCUGGCGAAAACGGUCUUUGGAUCCAGACAUCGAAAAAUGGAAAUUCCGAAUCUUUUCGCUGCGCAAUCGCAUGCUCGCCUUUGUUCAGCAAUUUGCAUAUUACGUGACCAAUGAAGUCCUGGAACCCAACUGGCGUCGCUUGGAAGCCAACCUAUCAAAGGUAUCCACCGUGGAUCAAGUGCUACAAUAUCAUUCCGACUUUCUCGACACGUGCUUGAAAGAAUGCAUGCUGACCAAUGCAAAGUUAUUAAGGAUAUACAACAAAUUGAUGAACUCGUGUGUUUUGUUCGCGGCUCACGCUCAACGGUUUACUCAGCUCCUGAAGAAACUAGAGGAUCAACAUACACCCAAUGUAUUUGGUAUCCCCAAAGGGGGGCAAGGCGAUCCUCAAACGGUUUCCUUGAUUGAAAAUACAAAUCGAGCCCUGAGCAAACUCGAGGAAACCUUCCUAUAUCAUAUGAAGCUCUUGAUCGAAGCACUGAACCAUUUCUCGGCCAUUGAAACGGUCCAGUUCUUAUGUCUGGUAGUGCGUCUCGAUUACAAUCUGUUCUAUAACACUAGCAUUUCCAAAGAAGGCCCUGCGCGCGAUAGAUACAGCAGAUAGUGAACGCUGUGGUAAAUUAGCUCAUUGGUUUUUCUCCUCAUUCUGUAAGAUAGUUGUUUUAUUGUUUCUUUUGCUUAAACUAUGUAAUUGCUUAAUCGCUGAUUGGGAGCUAAACUUCGCCCAUAUUUUUACUCUUUCAUAUUUCUCUUUCUAUGAAGGCAUGAGCAUGAUCUUCCAGCAAAAAAAGAUAUCAAAAGUGGGAUCACAUGAUUUUUUUACUGUGUCUACAUCCACCGCCAUUAACUCCAGUGUUAUUCCGCGGACCAUUUAAAUAAGAU